GCGCUCGCGAAUCAGGGCCACAUUGGCGAAACCACAGAGUCUUCCGUGAUGCGUACCUGAGCUUAUCAAGCCCAGGCACUGUCAUGCUGUCGGUGUUGUCCGGAUUGCAUACCCAUGAUGCUGGUUUAGCGAUGACUGCUUCGUUGUAGAGGGGUCUGCGGCGGUCUAGCAGGAGCGGGAUGCUGCGUCAGAGACUGUAUCUUGUUUUUGUGCUUUGGAGUCUUCUGCACGCAAGCGCCUCCUUAUCUGCUCACGAGAGGGACAGAAUUGUGGACCUGCACAAUGGUUACAGAAGCAUGGUGGCUGCGGGAAGAAAGAAGCCUUGGCCUCCCGCUGCUGAUAUGAUGGAAAUGAGCUAUAACAUCACCCUGGAAGAGCUCGCAGACAUCCACAUUCGCAACUGCAUAUUUCAGCCCGGCUGUACAGGAUGCCACAUAGCACUCGAGAAUCGUCCAGGCCAGAACCUGUAUGCUCAAACUGGAGAAGCCGAUUGGGUGAAUGCUAUAGGAUCGUGGUACCACACAGAGCCAGGUCUGACAUCCAAAGGACGCAUCAACGGCAGUUUGGAACUGGAACCUAACACACUAGUGCAGAUGGUUUGGAGCCAGACGUAUUCACUGGGAUGCUCCUGGCAAAAUUGCGCGAAGACACUUGGCACGAACAUAUACCUAUGCAACUACUACCCAUACGGUAACGUGUUGGGUCAGAAGGUCUUCAUACCUGGAGAGCCUUGCAGUGCAUGCCCGAAGAAUACCUGUUGUUCCACACUGUGUGCUGGAACACUCCACAAGCAUGGAAGCCCUGGUCUUUGCAGAAUGUUAUAGAAUUUUGCUCAGUGGCGGCAUGUGUGGCAGCAGGAGAAGCACACCGACGAUUGAUAUUCUGACAGCAGAAGUCUGGGACAUCGAAGGGAAAAUUCGCUGCUGAUACAGACCCCUUACCGCGUUCUAAGUAUCAAGAGUUGACAGUCAAGUUGACAAAAUAAGCUCACAAACUCUCUAACAAACUCUCACAAAGGAUAACUUGUGCAGCGGUUUCCUUCCGACCAACAAUGUGGAAAGCAUGUUAGAGGCUAUGCCUUUCUCAUCGCGCACUGGUGAAAGCUACGACAAAUAGGUGUCGUGCCUAUAUUGACAUUAAAUAUCAAAGAAGAGUGUGUAAUAAAAAUAUUGUUCCUGUCAGUCUAGGACGACCAAUGCA